AUGGCAAAUCGGACAGUGAAGGAGGCCAAAAACGUGCAUGGCACCAACCCGCAGUAUCUCAUCGAAAAAAUCAUACGUUCCCGCAUCUACGACUCCAAGGAGCGGGACCGACGUCCUGCCCAAAACAACAAUGGUCGUUCUCGAGAUUACUACGAUGAACUGGAGGAGUUUGAGCGGCAGCGCAAUCGCACCUGCAACCGUGACAACCAGCACGAAGACCGCCGACAGCUAGCACCACGUCAGGAUCGGGAUAGAGAACGACAGGAUCGGGACAGAGAACGCCAGGACCGGGAUAGAAAGCCCCAGAAUCGGGACAGGGAGCGCCAGGAUCGAGACAGAAUGCGCGAGCGGGAGAGAUAUGGCGAAAGAGACAGACGGGAGCGAGAUAAUGGCUCCCGCCACGACCAGCGGGAGAGAGAGCCGCAAAACGAGCGCGACCGACGUCGCCAUUAA